AUGUGGUGCCCCAGUGAGCUAGCUUAUCGUCUCACGUACUCGCGAAGGAAGACAUGGACAUGGGUCUGCAUUAGAGAUGAAGCCGUCAAAUACUUGAAGAGCAAGGAGGGGGACGGGCUUCGUUGGACGGCAUUUGUGACUGGACCGUUCUUCGAGCUAGCCGUUGGCAAUUUCCUCGGAUUCGACAUGGAAAGAAGACACGCCACGAUGCUGGACCACGGCACGAAUCGUUGGUCGGCGACGACUCGCAGCACUGUUGGUCUUGCAGCCAAGAAUGCAAUGCUGGGUCCAGAAAGUGUGUCCAACCAGUACUUGUUUAUCGAGUCAUUCAAUGUCUCGCAGAGGGACGUUCUCGCUGCGUUGGAAGAUGUGACCGGAACAAGGUGGGAUGUAACCUACCAUGAUGCGGAAGAGGAAAAGCGGCUCGCCUUGGAAAAGCUGGCUAAGGGGAACUAUAGUGGAAUCCCCGCGCUUAUGCGAUAUAUAACCUGUGCCAAGGGGUAUGGGGGGAACUAUAUGGACAGCGAGGAGAGUGCGAACAAGCUGCUGUCGUUGCCUGCAGAAAGCCUCCAUGCGGUGCUGGCCGGAUUAACUAGGCAUGAAUGA